AUUUCAGUGUCUGUUGUUACACUAUAGUCAUUGUUAAUAGAGCGCCUCAGCAGUGUAGACUAUUGUUUGAGUUCGGUUUGCUGACAGCAAUGUAGGUUGGUUGUUAUAAAACCUUAGGUCCUCAAUAUCAACAGUUGGUCAGAGAUAUGUAACUGACUAACAUAGCGUGAGUUGCCUCCAACACGACAGUGACUUGGUCUGAUCUUAUGUCUAAGCUACUUGUUCAUAAAACUUAAGAGGCCAAAAUAUUUGGUCAGACUCUACACAAAAUUGCUUGCCGCUCUGCCAUUCACCACUGGCUGACAAGCUGUCAGUGAACUUUGCCGUGUAUAGGACCCUGCAGAACCCAACCCAACCGCUUGCUUCACCUGUUCGCAUGCACAGUUCUCUCCUAUUACCUGGAGUUGCCUUCCAUCGCCCCAAGAACUGACCAGAAGUUCCAUACCGAGAAUGAUAUCGUACUCAGGCUGCAGCUUGUUGCUGCUGUCGCUGGCUUUCGUGGGCGCCUCUCUCGCGGAGAUGGUCUUCCGCUGUCCGAGUUGUACCGCCGAACGUCAAGCUGCAUGCCCGAAGCUCACCGAGACCUGUGUGGAGAUAGUGCGCGAACCGGGCUGCGGUUGCUGCCCCGUCUGCGCCCGGCAACAGGGCGAGUUUUGCGGCGUGUACACACCGAGAUGCUCCAGCGGGCUCCGGUGUUACCCCAAGCCGGACUCCGACCUGCCUCUUGAGCAGCUGGUCCAGGGGCUGGGGUUAUGCGGACACAAAGUGGACAUCGAGCCUACAGGGAGCCAGGAGCACCGGGAGCAACUUAGCGGGGAGGUGAUGGAAUCCCAGGGCCUGACGGAGAUCCCCCCUGUGAAGAAGGCCACUAAGGACAGCCCAUGGCUUGGGUCCAAGGAGAGCGCCGUUCGGCAGCACCGACAGGAGAUGAAGACCAAGAUGAAAACCAACAAGGUAGAAGACUCCAAAACCCCCCGCCCCAAACAGAGUCAGUGUCAGCAGGAGCUGGACCAGGUGCUGGAGAGGAUAUCUAAGAUGCCCUUCAGAGAUAACAGAGGCCCUCUGGAGGAUCUGUAUGCCCUGCACAUUCCCAACUGUGACAAGAGGGGGCAGUAUAACCUCAAACAGUGUAAGAUGUCCCUGCACGGCCAGAGGGGGGAGUGCUGGUGUGUCAACCCACACACCGGCCGGUCCAUCCCGUCGGUCCCGACCGUGAGGGGAGACCCCAACUGCAGCCAGUACCUCGGUGGGCCGGAGUUGGAUCCUCCCGCCUCGGCCCAAAACUAGCAUGGCCACGAUUGCCUUUUGUCGACCGAGU